CCGUCCUCUCGGAGGCUCCCCUGGUUGACCGCCUCCGCCUGCUCCCGGUAUAAGCGUGGCCCGGACGAGUCCUGGCAUCGCACGGACCCCCAGUCUCUCUCGCUCCGCACCAUGGACGCCCGCCUGGCCAUCCUCCUCGUCCUCUUCCUCGCGGCCGCGGCGUCCUCGCCGCUGGCCUCCGCGCAGCUCGACAGAGAGUUCUACAAGACGUCGUGUCCGGACGCCGAGAAGGUCAUCUUCGACAUCGUCCAGAAGCGGUUCAAGGCGGACCCCGGCACCGCCGCCGGCCUCCUCCGCCUCGUCUUCCACGACUGCUUCGCAAACGGCUGCGACGCGUCCAUCCUGAUCGACCCGCUGUCGAACCAGGCCUCCGAGAAGGAGGCGGGCCCGAACGUCUCCGUCAGGGGCUACGAUGUCAUCGAAGAGAUCAAGACGGAGCUGGAGAAGAAGUGCCCGAACGUGGUCUCCUGCGCGGACAUCGUCACGACCAGCGCCCGGGACGCGGUGCGCCUGACGGGCGGCCCCGCCUACGAGGUGCCCAUGGGCCGGCGCGACUCGCUCACGUCCAACCGCGAGGACGCCGACAACCUGCCGGGGCCCGACAUCGCGGUGCCCAAGCUCAUCGACGAGUUCUCCAAGCAGGGCUUCAGCCUCGAGGAGAUGGUCGUGAUGCUCGCCGGCGGCCACUCCAUCGGCAUCUGCAGGUGCUUCUUCAUCGAGACCGACGCCGCGCCCAUCGACCCGGAGUUCAAGAAGAACAUCACCUCGGCUUGCGACGGCAAGGACUCGGGCAACGUCCCCAUGGACUUCGUCUCGCCCAACACCUUCGACUCGAGCUACUUCGGCCUAGCUCUGGCCAAGAAGAUGCCGCUGACCAUCGACCGGCUCUUGGGGAUGGACGCGAAGACGGAGCCCGUGCUCAAGUCCAUGGAGGCAAAGCCCACCGACUUCGUCCCCUUGUUCGCCAAGGCCAUGGAGAAGCUCAGCGUUCUCAAAGUUCUCACAGGGAAGGAAGGCGAGAUCAGGAAGACGUGCUCCGAGUUCAACACCGCUGCGCCCAGCGGCGGCGCGUCGGUGAUACGGGUCAGCUCCUUGAACCCCGAGGAACAGCUGCUGGGGGGACUGCCGCAGCCAGGGGGCAGGAAGGCGGGCGGUCCCGUGGAUCCGGCCGUCAGCGUGCCCCUGUCCCCCAGCGAGCUAGAAGCCAAGAGGCUGAAGAAUGAAGGCAAGAUCGCCAACACCAACGCCGAUGAGGCGGCCGCCAAGGUUUUGGGCGGAGUCGUCGUCAGCGACCGCGGCGUAAUCCAGCCGCCCAAGGUUGUGCCACUAAUCGGCGAGGAGAGCAAGAUGGCGGCUCCUGGCGACAAGAUCCAGGCGGGCGAUGAGCCGGGCAGCAAGUUGCCGGGGCCCGAGGGUGUUAAGCCGCCGGGACCCAAACUCCGCGGAGCCGCGCAGUAGAUGGCCGGCGGUGGGCCGGGGUAGCCGCUGGAUCACCUGCCAGGGCGCACGCCGCCCUUGUGGCAGUACGUAUACCGUAUACGUAUACCACCCAGAUUUUCUCACCCGCUAUAUAUCUACUAUUGUUUGUAGAAGGGACCGGACGAGCAACGUACGUACCGCAGCUGAUUGCUAUAGGUCUAAUCACCCAACCGUUGUGUCGAUUUUUUUUUUGACAGCGACCAAAGCCCCUGAUCGUUUUUCUUUCGACUUCAUUCAUUCAAGUCCUGGAGACAAAAGUUGUAUGUUGUUUUGGCAGCUUAGGGUGCCGACAAAGUGAAAUUGUACCAAUCUCUGCUAUCUGCAGAGCGAUAUGUUUUUCUUCUUCUUUUUUGCGAGUACAGUGUAAGUUUUUCGUGUUGCAA